GUUGAGCAAUGCGAAGACUCGAAUUCACGAUCAUCUUUCCGUGGCACAUGAAAGGUGCCCUUCCAGGAGUCAGGACUAGUCUAUAUCCACGUGGAAUCGUAUCCACAAGUUAUGGGUGGACUAAUUCACACCACAAAUGGCAAUGAAAAGUCUCUCUAUGUGUCCUAAAAAAAUGUCUCUAUAGGUGCAGCACCCCCAGCCAUUGACGUGCAGGGCAAUUUAUACCCAGGAGUCUGCAAUUUCCACCUGCUUCCUGCCCUCUCUUGCCCCCCCUCCUUGUUAAUUAGCACCUUUCCAUUGGAGGAUUUGAAGAUGGAGCUUGCCAUAUCCGCAGCAGCAGGUGAACUCAUGAGCCGAUUCAUCUCCUUCCUUGCCAACAAGUACCACUCGAGCCAUGAACACUCGGAAGAGAAGGAGCUGAAGAGGCUGCAGCAGCUGCUCCUGAGAGCUCGCACGGUCAUCGAGGAGGCAGACGGGCGGUACAUCACCAACUCUGGGAUGCUGGUGCAGCUCGGUAUGCUUGCGGACGCCAUGUACCGAGGCUACUGGGCACUAGGUGCAUCCAGGUACAUCUCAUUUGAAGAGUCCAUGGAGGAGGGGGAGGGCGCGUUGGAGAGCUUGGAGGAUAUGGUCGCUGGCAUGACGGAGUUUGUUGUUCUUUUGGGUGGAUGCGACCGUAUGCUGCGUCAACCAGACGAUGCGUAUCUAUACAAUGACAACAUCAUGUUUGGACGACACGCUGAGAAGCAAAAGCUCAUGAACUUCAUGUUGCAGCACGGCUCUUCCGGUGGUGUUCCGGCUGUUCUCCCGAUCAUCGGUGGUCGACUGGUCGGGAAGAGGACUCUGCUCGCCCAUGUAUGCAAGGACGAGAGGGUCCGCUCACACUUCUCUUCGAUUCUGCAGCUGAAUGAAGUUUCCUUUUGUAGAAUCGCAGACCAUGGUGGUCUUAUGUCAGGGAAGAUACUGGUGCUUGUCGAGCUUGUCUCAGAUGUCGAGGAGGAGGAUUGGGCCAAGUUCUGCUCAUUCGUGGUGAGCAUGGACAGUGGAAGCAAGGUGAUCAUCAUCAGCUGGCUUAAAAGUACAGAGCAACUUGGAACACUGGAGCCAAUCUUCCUCAACACCCUGUCAUACGAGGAGUUCAGCUAUCUCUUCAAGACACUCGCAUUCGGGAGCGCGAACCCCGCGCAGCACCCACGGUUAGCGCGGAUAGCAGACGAGCUGGCCAGGGAAUUCCAAUCCGAAUGGUCAAUCGCCACUGCAAAUCUGUUUGCGGACAUCAUGAGGAGGAACCUCAGCGUCCAUUUCUGGCUCUGCAUCCUGAGCGGGCUGAGAAGGGUAGUCGAGAGGAACUUAUCCCUGUUUGGGGAGCACCCGAAGCUCCUCGCCCGGAGACGCCACCAGAUAGACGUUACUGACUUGGUCUUGCAUCCCAUGGAUUCUCCACUCCGUGUCAUGUAUUCCUGUACCAGUGGCAGCAGCCGCACUGAAGUUACGGUGGAAAGGGAAUUGCUACCGAGGGUGAGGUUUGGGGAUCUGAUGAUGGAUCCUGGAGUUCGGCCACAAGGGGAUUUCAAUGUGGUUUCGUGGGAAUCAAGGUUGCCACCUUACACCUCUUUCGUUCAUUUCGUUCCAAAUGGAAAUGGUGCUCUAGGUGUGGCGAAACAGAGUACUCCCCUGUCUGGGAGUAAGCGUCCCGCGGUGCCUUGGUAAGGCCUUUCGAUUCGGACGGCUUCUGUUGGGAUUUCGUAGAGUUAGAAUCUCAAGUACUCACUCAGUUCAUGAAGGCAUAAUUUAAAUAUUGACAUGGUCUCCAAUGCACACCUUUUAAUCAUCGAAUGUUAUAUUUUUUUGAAGUUGUAAUGAC